UUUUGCCAAACUCAGUUUUUUGUAUAUCAAGUUGAACAAAUAUUGCAGUUACUAAUUGAUAAAAAAUUAAACAAUGAGUCGAUGUGCAUUAAAUUAGUGGCAAAAUAAUUGUCCUUAUACUGGUAUUAACUUAUGGGUUCAUUAUUGUUUUUCAAACCCUACGAACUUUUAUUUUAAUUGUAAAAUUUAGGUAUCUACCUGAUUUCAUUUAUAAUGAUCUUUUAGAUUCUACCUUAAUUUUGAUAACAUUCCGCCUAAAACCUUAUGCCAUGGAGUCAGGGCAUCAGCCUAAGUUAAGCCCCAACCGAGCUUUUCAAGUUGCUCAUGGUGGUAUUAUGGACCGUGAGGAUGAUGACGCCAAUUUGAACUUAAGUCUCUCCGAUUACCAUGACUAUGAACCUAAUUUAGAGUUUGAUGAUUCUGAGCUUAUUUGUACCACAAGUCUUGCUCCAUUAUCACCCGAAUUACUAGAUUUAUCGCAAGAAUUUCUACCACCUUCAAGUAGUGAUGGAACUAUAGAAGAAAAUUUUGAAAAAGAACUUGGAGAGGGUCCACAAUCAUAUUCAGAGAUAGCAACCUGCUCGCUUGAUUACGACGUUUUUGCCGAUUUACAUGGAAGUGGUGUAGUCGAAGUUGUGGGGGACGAUGAACUUGGACGUCGAAUUAUCGUAAUAUCUGCUUGUCGCCUGCCGCCAUCUAAGGAUGUACAUCCUGAUCUGCUCUUGAGGUUCCUAAUGUACACACUGGACAAAUAUGUGGAACAAGAUUACAGUGUCAUUUACUUCCAUUAUGGGCUCUCCAGCAGAAACAAACCACCGUUCUCUUGGUUGUGGAAAGCUUAUAAGGCGUUUGAUAGAAAAUAUAAGAAAAAUCUCAAAACGCUGUAUCUAGUCCAUCCAACGAAUGUGAUAAGAAUAGUAUGGCAAAUGCUGAGGCCAGCAAUAAGUGUCAAGUUUGGCAGGAAAAUGAUGUAUGUGAAUUAUUUACAUGAACUGCAGCAGUAUUUAGAUUUGGACAAAGUUCAUAUUCCACCACAAGUUAUUGAAUGUGACAAGAUUCUGUUAUCUAAAAAUCCACGAGCUGCGGAAAUAGCUAAAGAAAUGACUAGUGCCAGUAAACCAUCUCUUGGACAAGCUGAGGGUUCGUGUAGUUUAAUAUCCCCAACAAAACAGUUUGGUGUAUCAAUACAAUUCAUAAAGGAGAAUAAUACGGAAAUGAUCGAUUCGAUUCCGCCAAUAGUGCGACAAUGCAUCGAGUUUUUAUCUCAACCCGAUGCCUUAGAAACUGAAGGAUUAUUCCGGCGAUCACCGAGCGCUGCUAUUGUGAAGGAAAUACAGCGAGACUGCAACAAUGGUGGCGUCGUAUCAUUCAGGAACGAUCCACACAUUGCCGCCGUUUUACUGAAAACCUUUUUAAGGGACCUUGAAGAGCCAUUAUUGACCUUUGAUUUAUAUGAUGAAAUUAGCAAAUUUCAAGCCUGGCAAAUACCUAAGAAGCCUAGAAAAGUAAAAAUUUUGGUGCUCGAAAAGUUACCUGUAGAUAAUUACAAGAUUUUAAAGUAUAUAAUGCAGUUUUUGUGGAAGGUACAAGAUCGUAGCUGCCUAAAUAAGAUGACAAGCAGCAACUUAGCAGUGGUCUUCGGGCCCAAUUUAUUGUGGCCGCCGAAUGGACAUGUUUCAUUACAAUCUAUUGCACCAAUAAACGCAUUUACCGAUUUCUUAAUCACACACCAUGAGUCCAUAUUUAUCAUUUAAAAAUUAUAUGAAUUGUGAAUAACCUAUGAAUCUGGCACAAUCAAUUGUUUUUUUUUUAAUUUUUGAUUGAUUUAUGGUUGUUUGUUACCUGAACUGGUAAACUAGCAGGAAUUGCAUUACGGUAUCGUUAUUAGCCAGUUAUUGGGAAAAUGAAUAGCUUCUAAUAAAAUAAUACAUGCUCUAGUUACGUUGAAAGACUAAAACAAAUAAUUGACUUGUAUCUAAAUAACCCAUAUUAAACAUAGCUCAUCUAAAAAUGUCUGUUAAAAGAACACUUUACUAUACUUGACCAAUUUUAAUUUCAAGGGUUUAUGUAAUAUUGCUUAGUUACUAAAUGAACAAUAAACUGUCAAGUUAUAUAUGUGUGUACCAUAUAUUUAUAAUUUAUUAAACAAAUAACUGUAUUUCCAUCUAUAUGUACCUUGUAGUUUGUGUAAGUUUUAAAUUGGUAGGUGGUAUUAAAACACUAUAAGAUGUAAUUAAGUGUAUAAAGUUAUAUUAUUCCACUCUAAGGGGAAAUGUGAUUAUAUUUGUGUUUUUAGAAUUUACAAAUACUUGACAUUUGCAUCUUAUUACAAGCAGACUGUUUGUCAACCUUAAGCUAUUCAAAUAAAAAAUUGUACUGGUCUCAUGCACUUUAUAUUUAAUUUUUCUUUUAGUAUUUACAUAAAAGGUCAAAGAGGCAUAUUCGAAUUUAGAACAUAACUUAAAUGCCAAAUUUUGAAUUUGACAAUGCGCACAUUAGUUUUAUCUGCAUAUUUCGAAUUGUCUGUUUCUAUUACAUUUUAAUUACUUUUAGGAUUUUAAGAGAUCUAUACAACACAACAUUAUUAUAUUUAUGGUUUAUAAUUAAUUACAGAUUCCAAUACAAGUAUUAUGGAUAUAUAAGAUUUAUAAUUGUUUUUAAAAUGUAUCAUAAUAUAAAUAUAUAACUAUUGUAAUCAAAGUUAUGGAAUAAGGGUAAUUAAGGAAUUCAAUGUCAUAUAUCAUAGAAAUUAUAACCUGACACUAAUAUUAAAAAAUAAACUAGCUUUAACUUGUAAAGAUCUGAAAAUAUUAUAGUUAGGAGAAAUAAUUAGGACAAAUAU